AUGGACAGACCUCCUCGAAAGCGCAAGAAGUCCUCAAAAGCCUUGUCCUCGCUGUGCUUCAUUUCCAGUGCUUCGGGUGCUUCGCAGUCAUCUGUCACAGAUCCAAUCGAGCUGCUUCACGAUCCAUCCACCCCAUCGUCGAUAGCGCAGAAUACUGUCAGAUAUACCUCCCGAAUAGUACAGAAGUCAGUUCAUGGCAGAUAUCGCGAGUCAACAAGUACCUUCGAACAUGUUUCCAAUGAGGAAGUAAGUUCCUCCAUGACUGAUGAGCAAGGCGCUAGCGCUAGCGCUAAUGCUGAAUCGCCUGGUGGUAAUGCUGAGUCACCCAGCGCUAAUGCUGAAUCAGCCAACCCAAGUCCUGUCGACGUGGCCCCCAAUCCUACCAGCAGCGACGAUGUUCACGAGGUGUUCGAGUCUCCUCUCCCACAUCGUCUUCAACUAUGGGCUUCGGAUCGUCGCCAGGCUUACCUCGAAGAACUCGAGGGAGUAGUUCCCUGUGAAAACAAGGGUGAAUACCGAUGCAUUGAUUGCUUCGAUACGAGACUCUACUGCGCAAUAUGUGUUCUUCGUCAACACCGUCGCACUCCCCUUCAUCGCAUUGAGGUCUGGCAAGAUGAUUGUUUCACUCGCACAUCUCUUUGUGAGCUUGGCCAUGUCAUACAAUUGGGUCAUUACCACGGCGAGAUAUGCGCUCUCCCCAGUAUCAUACGCAAGGGAUUCUAUGUUAUCGACGUGUCCGGGAUCCAUCUAGUAUCCAUCCGCUUUUGCGGCUGUCAAUUCAUCAGUGACGACGUUCAACUCCUGCGAUAUCGGUGGUACCCCGCAUCUUCCGUGAAACCCCAAACGGCCUUCACCCUCGAUCUUCUCAACACAUUUCAAAUCAUAACGUUGCAAGGAAAGCUUUCCGCUUACGACUUUUAUCUCUCUAUUGAGCGCAAGACCAACAAUGCGGGAACCAAGGACCUCCAAUCACGAUAUGAUCAAUUCCUUUCCUGCGUACGACAAUUCCGCCACCUUCGCAUGUUGAAACGCGCUGGCUUAGGCAUGGACAUGGUACCGGUUUCCUCGACAAAACCUGGCUCAUAUGCUGUCGAAUGUCCUGCAUGUCCUCAUCCCGGAAUCAACCUCCCUGACGGCUGGGAACGCGAACCAGAGUCGACGAGAUGGCUGUAUGGGUUGAACUUGACGAUCGACGCCAACUUCCGCCUUAAGAACAAGGAUAGAUCACUUGAAAAAGAUGAGCCACUUGGUGAUGGCUGGGGUCACUGGGUCUCUGAGGAUCCGUACAAGGCAUACCUUGAGGCGAAUACAGACGAGCCUGAGCCUAAUCUUUGUGAUUCGGAGCUCCGCGCAGUCGACCAUGCCAAUAAACGGCGUUCCCAAGGCUACGUGUCGACUGGUGUCGCUGGUGUGAUAUGCGCCCGCCAUGGUCUUGUUCGCAGAAAUGGACUAGGCAACCUACAGAAGGGCGAGAGAUAUGCAAACACCGAUUUCAUUGUUUUAUCAACCCUCAAGGAUCAUCCAUUCACCCGCUUAGUUCUGUCCUACGAUAUCUGUUGUCAGUGGUCGAGGAAUCUUUGGAACCGUAUCACUGGCUUUCCCGAAGACAUCCGCCUCUCGAGGGAGGCAUUCGACCGUAUCGCUUUCGUUAUCCCCAAAUUCCACCUCUAUGGUCAUGGCGACAAGUGCCAAAUUGCCUACUCGUUGAAUUAUCUACCUUGGUCGGCAGAAACUGAUGGGGAAGAUCCGGAGCGAUGGUGGUCACACAUUAAUCCCGUCAGUAUGAGCACGAAGGUCAUGGGCCCUGGCUCUCGAGCAGACACUAUCGACGAUCAUGCAGCCGCGUGGAAUUGGAGAAAGAUCGUGAACUUUGGUAAAUCCCUGCUCAGCCACUAUCAAAAGGCUAUCUUGAUGAGCGCACGCCACGCCGCUCUCCAUGCCGAAUACUCGGCUGAGUUUAGUGAAGCCGAUCUUACAGCUUGGACGCAAUUAAUUAUUGAUUGGGAAAUCGACCGCUCGAAACCUAAUCCCUUCGAAGAAAAGGAAAAGCACCGCUCCAUGGCCGACAUCCGCCUUGAAUUGGCCAGAGAAGAAGUCGCUGAGCCUGCUCGCAUGCAAUCCGUUGGGACGAAUGAGUUCCUGUAUAAGGGACUAGAACUAGAAGAGCUUCAGCGUGUCAUAGCAGCCUCUGCAAAGGAGAAGACGACACUUCAAGCUGCCGAGCUCCAAGAGAAGAGAAAUAAUUUAGGUCGUCGCAUAGAGCUUUGGCGCGCCGAGCAGGCCGAAUACAUGCCUUCCAUUUCCUCCGAUCUUGAACAGCGUGCAGGUUCAACACCUGAGAAAAUCUCUCUCCUUCUACCAUCACAGGUUCCCGCUACGUCAGAACUUACCUCGAUCCGAGAUAAAGAGAUGCGUAUUCGCCUUGCUCAAGCCGACGACGCUUUGAUGGAGCUUCGACGGUUACUGCGGAUCACGGCUGGCCUGACAGAGUACAAAUACACUCAAGUUGGUUUCGCUCAAGCUGCUAACACCCGCGCGCGUUCGCAAAUCAAUCGCUUCAAGGACAAGGUCCUUCUCACAGCUCAACGCUAUCGUGCCGCACAUCAGGCGCUCCUCUCACUUAACCCUCAAGGUGAUUGGAUUACGCGCCUUCGCAGGCUGGACGAUGCCGAUAUUCGGUGGCCAGGUCGUAAUCAAGAUGAAGCCGAAGGUACUCGAGAAAUCUCGUGGAUAUGGCGCGCUAGUGGUGCACGAGCCAGUGGGUCAGCGAUUCUCCGACCACAACGACCACCAAUCCGAAGCCCAUUUCAAACCCCUUCAUCUCGAGAUUUACUCACGUCCUCUCGCCCAACACCGUCACAAUCGUCUGCAGGCCCCGAACAUUCACCUAGCCUGGCCUCUGAUUCAGAGAUAGGUGAAGCACUCCGCGUUGAAUGGGCGAAGUCAUACGCACGCGCGGCUCGGUGGGCCGAAGAAGUAUCACUUGUUAUAGAGGAGAUGAGGCGUGUAGUGGUUUACUUGGAUUGGAAGGCACAGUGGUGGCGAAGUCGUUGUCAGCAACGACCCGACGUGGCUCGUGCGUUGCAAGAAGGCAUGAAUGCGUAUGCUAGUCGCCAAUCGAAGAUGCUUUGUACGAUGCGUGCACAAUUUGCGGCGGCAUGGUUACCAGUUUUGCGAGGUCAUAAUAGGGAUGUUCGGCAGACUGCGACGGGAUAA